AUGUCGGAGAGUCAGAGCCAGACUACGGAUUUCAUCAAUCGCUCGACGUUCCGAGUCGUCCUCUUGGGAGAUCAAGGCGUCGGGAAAUCCAGCAUUGCUUUAAGGUUUCUUAGGGAUGAAUAUCACGACCAUCAGCCGCCUACUAUUGGAGCGGCGUAUGUAACACAAACGUUGAAGGUGGGUAAUCAAAGCGUCAAGCUGGAUAUAUGGGAUACUGCCGGACAAGAGAGGUUCGCUACCCUAGCACCCAUGUACUACAGGACGGCUCAGAGCGCCGUUGUAGUCUAUGAUAUAUGUAGUAAGUCCUCGUUUAACCGAGGCAUGGUCUGGAUAAAAGAACUCAAAGAACAGGCACCGGUGAACACUAUUAUCGUUCUUUGUGGCAACAAGGUGGACCUUGCAAUAGAAGCAAGGGCUGUGAAAGCCGAGGAUGCGGAAAACAUUGCACGCGAGGAAGGGCUGCUGUUCACUGAAGUGUCAGCAAAAUCUGGCCAGGGUGUGAAGGCAAUGUUUCAAACAAUAGUAAGUGGAUGCAUUGCUUUCCGUUUGUCUGAAACCAUUGUGAUAUUAAAUGCGACUGGGGAAGAAGGGGGGGGGGGGGGGGGGAGGUAG